AUGCCUAAAGAGACUCCAUCCAAAGCUGCUGCCAAUGCCUUGUCCGACUUGGAAAUCAAAGAUUCCAAGUCGAAUCUUAACAAGGACCUGCAAACAUUGAGGGAAGAGAACAAGCAAAAAAUCGAUGUGCUAAAGGAAAAGUUCAGCAAGGACGCUGAAAACCACAAGGCUUAUUUGAAGUCGCACGAAGUGCAUCGUCACAAGCUGAAGGAGAUGGAAAAGGAUGAGCCAUUGUUGAACGAAGACAAGGAAAGAACCGUCUUGUUCCCCAUCCAGUACCACGAGAUCUGGCAAUCGUACAAGCGUGCCGAGGCCUCUUUCUGGACUGCCGAGGAAAUCGAUUUGUCCAAGGAUAUCCAUGACUGGAACAACAGAAUGAACGAAAACGAAAGGUUCUUCAUCUCAAGAGUCCUUGCCUUCUUCGCCGCCUCCGACGGUAUUGUCAACGAAAACUUGGUCGAGAAUUUCUCCACCGAGGUCCAGAUCCCGGAAGCCAAGAGUUUCUACGGUUUCCAAAUCGCUAUCGAAAACAUUCAUUCCGAAACCUACUCCUUGUUGAUCGAUACCUACAUCAAGGAUCCAAAGGAAAGUGAAUUCUUGUUCAACGCCAUCGACACCAUCCCAGAAAUUUGCGAGAAGGCCGAAUGGGCCCUUAGAUGGAUCCAAGACGCAGACGCGCUGUUCGGUGAAAGACUAGUCGCCUUCGCCUCCAUCGAAGGUGUUUUCUUCUCCGGGUCCUUCGCCUCCAUCUUCUGGUUGAAGAAGAGAGGUAUGAUGCCCGGGUUGACCUUCUCCAACGAGUUGAUCUGCAGAGACGAAGGUUUGCACACCGACUUUGCCUGUUUGUUGUUCGCCCAUUUGAAGAACAAGCCGGACCCAGCCAUCGUCGAGAAAAUCGUCACCGAGGCCGUCGAGAUCGAACAAAGAUACUUCCUAGACGCCUUGCCAGUCGCCUUGCUAGGUAUGAAUGCCGACUUGAUGAACCAGUACGUCGAGUUCGUCGCAGACAGACUGUUGGUCGCCUUCGGUAACAAGAAGUACUACAAGGUCGACAACCCCUUCGAUUUCAUGGAAAACAUUUCCUUGGCCGGUAAGACCAACUUCUUCGAAAAGAGAGUCUCCGACUACCAAAAGGCCGGUGUCAUGUCCAAGUCCACCAACCAAGAAGCCGGUGCGUUCACCUUCAACGAAGACUUUUAA